CUGGGGGAAAAAACGCCCUUUGGAUCGUUGUGAUUGUUAACCUAGCUACUUGAAAUCAAGCAAAACGGACAAAAAGUAACUUUUGAUCAAAGCUUGGAAUGUGCCUCUGUGACUGAGGAGAUGACGCGGAGAGGAAAAAAGGAGGUGGUGGAGGAGGAGGCAGCGGCUGCAGCAGGACUUUCAACAACUUCUCGGAGAGAAAAGAGUCUGCUUUUUCCAAAAGUUCCCUUUUUUAUAUCGUAGGAUCAAUUUUCUCAGUUACAAAUGACGACGAGAUUAAAGCACAAUCUGUUCUGGAGCUAAUCCAAGCAAAUGUACAAGGCAAGUGACAUCGGAUCAUGUUUGCGCUGCCAUUUAAAGCUAAUUUGUCAACAAAUGAGAAUGAAGAUCUCCGUGCUACAAUACCUACUUGCUGGGAGACGCCUGUCCCUUCAUUUAGUGACACAAAAGAAGGUGUAUUUUGAUGUGUCAUGCCUCAACUCAUUGGAUACGUACAACUAAAUAUUUUGCCCUAGAGCAACAAGUUAGCAAAACUGUAUGUGGAGAAUAAACUGGAUUUACAAUGAGGCCAAAGACUUUCCCUACCACAACAUACUCCGGAAAUAGCAGGCAGAGACUACAGGAGAUCUCGGAGAGGUUGAAACAGCCCUCAAAACCUGCAACUCAGGGGAUACCUGUUGGUCCCAGAAAUGAAACUCUUCUUGAUGCCAAAGAUGCUGCAAGACAGCAACAGCAACAGCUGCGUCAGGCGGCAAAGUUUGCACCAUAUCAGAAAAAACUGCGAGAGAUUAAGUACUCGUUGCUCCCUUUUGCAAAUGAAUCUGGAAGUCCAGCUGCUGUUGAAGUCAACCGUCAGAUGUUACAAGAGUUGGUGAAUGUGGGAUGUAAUCAGGAAAUGGCUAUAAGAGCUCUGAAACAGACUGGUAGCAGAAGUAUUGAAGCUGCUUUGGAAUAUAUUAGUAAAAUGGGUUAUCUGGACCCAAGAAACGAGCAGAUUGUUCGUGUAAUCAAGCAGACAUCACCAGGGAAAGGCACUCCUCAACAAGUGCCUCACCGAUCAAGUUUUGAAGGAUCAAACGAGAGCUUUCCACCUUAUCAUCCAAUGAAUAAUGCAGCCUAUGAAGGAGCAGGGUUUUCAGUUGAAGGUGCAAAUGUGCUUAGUGAUGUUCCAAGGCAGUACAUGGACUAUUUGCUUUCUGCUGCCCAGCCUCAAGGGUUGAAUGGCCAGACUCAAAGACCUCAAACUGUGAAUGCUCAUAACGCAACUGGUAGCCAACAACAGAAGUCAUACAAUACAAAUGUAGACCUUUCUGCUAUGAAUUAUAGUCUUGGUAAUCACAAUAGCCCUGCAUUUCAGAUGCAACCUUCUCAUGCCUCAUGCAGCCCACAUUAUGGCCGUCAGCAUCUCGUGAUGCAAGGAGAUCCCACGGGCUAUGGAGUGCAAAGAACACCAUCAUUCCAAAAUAAAAUACAGCAAGAAGGAGGAUAUGUAGGCAUGCAAGGACAAAUGACUCAGCAUAGCCCAGGGCAUGUUUAUCAGCAGAGUCCUCCUCUGUAUAUGCCACAUUCUCACCACAAGCAAACUAGCCCCUCUUCUCACCAGAUACAUGCCAUGCCAAGGGGCCCCCCAUAUACUAAUGAGUAUCCAGACCCACCACAAAAUUUAAUGACUCCAUCAAGAAACAGCUUGAAUAUGGAUCUCUAUGAUAUUGGCAAUGCUUGUCAGUGGCAAAAUUCUCAGUCUCGUCGCAAUUCUCUACAGGGUCCAGGAUUGGACUCAUCACCACGACAACUUGUUUCCUUCAGACCAGAUUCACAGGUUCCAAGUCGUACAAACUCUUUUAAUAAUCACCAGCAACAAAAGCCACCACCAAUGCGACAAGCUUCCCCUAACAAAAAUGAUGCAUCCAUGGCUUCUACAAAUACAAUUACAGCAGUUACAUCUGCCCACAUACUCCAGCCAGUUAAGAGUAUGAGGGUGAUGAGACCUGAACCUCAAACUGCUGUAGGCCCUACCCAUCCAGGAUGGUUAGUUGCACAAAAUCAGGUUGUAGAAAGCCUAGAGAUGAUGGAAACUCAUCCACUAUCAGUUGGAGGAGCAAGCGGUUAUGGAAUUGAUAUGGAUUAUGGUAAUCAGGAUCUAAGAUUCCCACCGCCUCCAUAUCCAAAGCACCUCUUGCUUCAGAAUAACUCGGAACAGCUUGAUGUAAACGCUCUAUGUACUGCAGUGGACCAAAACCUGCGGGUUGGUGAAAAUGUUGCAUACGUUCAAGUACAUGAAGCCAUUGGUGAAAUUAAACCAGAUAAAGUGAACAAGAACUCAAAAUCUGCUAAAGCUGGAAAAGAUAAAAAGCAAAUUCAGACGUCCCCUGUGCCUGUGCGUAAAAAUAGCAGAGAUGAAGAAAAGCGUGAGUCUCGAAUUAAGAGUUACUCACCAUUUGCUUUUAAAUUUUAUAUGGAGCAACAUGUGGAAAAUGUUUUGAAGACCUACCAGCAGAAAGUCAACAGGAGGCUGCAACUGGAACAAGAAAUGGCUGAAGCUGGGCUUUGUGAAGCUGUACAAGAACAAAUGAGGAAAAUUCUUUACCAGAAGGAGUCUAAUUAUAACAGGCUAAAAAGGGCGAAAAUGGAUAAGUCUUUAUUUGUAAAAAUCAAGACACUGGGCAUAGGAGCUUUUGGAGAAGUGUGUCUUGCGAGCAAAGUGGACACUAAAGCCUUAUAUGCAAUGAAAACUCUGAGAAAGAAGGAUGUCCUCAACAGAAACCAGGUGGCCCAUGUCAAAGCAGAGAGGGACAUCCUGGCUGAAGCUGACAAUGAGUGGGUGGUGAAGCUCUAUUACUCUUUCCAGGACAAGGACAAUUUGUACUUUGUUAUGGACUAUAUCCCUGGUGGAGAUAUGAUGAGCCUCCUAAUACGUAUGGAGGUAUUUCCGGAGAUCCUUGCCAGGUUUUACAUUGCUGAGCUCACCCUGGCUAUUGAGAGUGUCCAUAAAAUGGGAUUUAUUCACAGGGACAUCAAACCUGACAAUAUUUUGAUAGAUCUGGAUGGUCAUAUUAAAUUGACUGACUUUGGUCUUUGUACUGGGUUUAGGUGGACACACAACUCAAAGUACUACCAGAAAGGGAGCCAUAUUCGACAGGACAGCAUGGAGCCCAGUGAGCAUUGGGACGAUGUGUCCAACUGCAGAUGUGGAGACAGGUUGAAGACUUUGGAGCAUAGAGCUAAAAGGCAGCAUCAGAGGUGCUUGGCUCACUCGCUAGUGGGAACGCCUAAUUACAUAGCGCCAGAGGUUCUCCUGCGAAAAGGGUACACUCAACUAUGCGACUGGUGGAGUGUUGGUGUCAUUCUUUUUGAGAUGUUGGUGGGGCAGCCUCCUUUUCUUGCAUCAAACCCAACAGAAACACAGCUUAAAGUGAUAAACUGGGAAAACACUCUUCACAUUCCCCCGCAGGUCAAACUGAGCCCAGAGGCAACUGAUUUAAUUACUAAAUUGUGCUGUGCUGCUGAGGACCGUCUUGGGAGAAAUGGCGCAGAUGAAAUUAAAGCUCAUCCUUUCUUUAACUCAAUUGAUUUCUCCGCUGACAUUCGCCGCCAGCCAGCACCUUAUGUCCCAAAAAUAAGCCACCCAAUGGAUACUUCAAAUUUUGACCCAGUAGAUGAGGAAGGUCCUUGGAAUGAUCGGGAUGACAGUACCCUAACAUGGGAUACAUUCAUGAGUCCCCAUAACAAACACCCAGAGCAUGCUUUCUAUGAGUUUACUUUUCGCCGUUUUUUUGAUGACAAUGGCUAUCCUUUUCGCUACCCAAAGCCUUCAAAGUUAGAAACCUCUGCAUGUGUGGAAUCACAAGAAGAAAAUCAAGAUGUAGUCAAUAAGGCAGAAAGCUGUCAGCCAGUGUAUGUUUGAGACAAUUCAAUAAAAAACACACGCUUCUGAAUUACCCUCAUAUAGGGGAUGGUGCUCAGCAGAUAAAGUGAAGUAUAUUUUAAUUAUGCCGCUUUUUGGUGUCAAUAAAUGUUAUCUUGCUAGGGCUAUUGGGAAACAGCAUUAAAGACCAAAAGAAAA